AUGGCAAAUGGAAAUGAUAUAGCAUGGGAACAUGUUAAUGAGAGCGUGGAUGAAAAUGGGAAGAAGAUAUUAAAAUGUAUUUACUGUGGCAAGAUAAUCAGAGGUGGAGGAAUUUAUCGAGUGAAACUGCAUCUAGCGGGUAUAAAGGGAGAAGUUGGAAAGUGCUCUAAAGUUCCUUUCGAUGUUAAAUUCAAGAUUAAAGAAGCACUAAAUGAAAUUGGGGUCAAGAAUAAACAAAAAGUUGAACUUCGUAAGAAUGUCAAACCUUAUGGAGCUAGUGUACAACAAUUUGAGGGUGAUAUGUUAGAUGAAGAUCAAGAGUGUGAAAAGGUUUCUCCAUGUCCAACUCCAACUUCAAGCAGUAAGAGAAAAAGAUCUAUUGGGAUAGGUGACUAUUUUGCUUCGAGGAAUAAGCCUAGGUCUCAGCCCUCAAUUAAGAGUGUUUUAGCAAGAAAAGAAGCUAAGUGGAGAGUGGACAUGGCUGUUGCAAGGUUAUUUUAUGAUUCUUGCAUCCCAAUUAAUGUUAUUAAUUCAAUUUAUUUUCAACCUAUGGUGGAUGCUAUAACUGCAAUUGGUCCUGGGUAUAAAAUCCCAACAUAUCAUAACUUGCGUGUAAAUUUAUUGAGAGAUGCUAGGAAAGAAGUGCAGUUACUUGUUGAUGGUUAUAAGAAAACUUGGGAGGAUGUUGGAUUGGAUGAUUCGGAUGUUGUAAAGGAUGCUACAACAUUGUUUAGCUUGUUUGAGGAAAUAGCUUUAUGGGUCAGACCAAACAAUAUUGUCCAUCUUGUCACUGACAAUGGAGCAAAUUAUAAAGUUGUUGGAAGAAUGUUGUCAGAAAAAUAUAGUAGUAUUACUUGGUCUCCUUGUGCAGCAUAUUGCAUUAAUUUGAUGUUGAAAGACAUAGCUGAGAUGAGUCACAUAGUUAACCUUUCGAAACGUGCAUCUGAGGUUACAAAGUCUGUGUGUAAUCAUUCCUUUGUGCUAGUUUUGUUGAGGGAAAAACAGGGUUGGAUAGAAAUUAUACGCCCAGGUGCAACCCGUUUUGCCACAACCUUCAUUGCAUUGAGCAGCCUACAUCAGCACAAACGUGACUUGGAAUCUACAGUGACAGAUAGAACUUUUGUGGAGUCUCGAUAUGCAAAAACUAAUAAAGGCAAAGCCUUUAUUUCCAUAGUCCUAGAUAACCGAUUCUGGGAUGACAUUGGAUAUGUGUAUGAUGGCAUGUACAGAACAAGGAUGGAGAUGAAGAAGUUGUUUAAGAAUAGGAAAAUCUUGUAUAAGCCUUAUACAACAAUUAUUAAGAUGUGUUGGGAUAGGAUGUUGCGCCAUGAUAUCCAUGCAGCAGCAUAUUAUUUGAAUCCUGCUUUUAAAUAUGACAAUGAUACUUUUUCCAAAAAACCUGAGGUCAUGUAUGGUUUCCUUGACACUAUUGACAAUAAAGCAAGUGCAUUCAAAAUGAGCAAGACAAUGUUACUGGAAGAGAGUAGAUUAUAUCGAGACCGUCUAGAAAGCUUUUCUCGUGAGCUUACUCUUCAAACUUGCAAAACUACACGGCCGGAUGAAUGGUGGAUGACAUUUGGGUUUAGUGCUCCAAAUUUGCAAAAGUUUGCAAUCAAAAUUCUAAGUCAAACUUCAGCCUCUUCUGGAUAUGAUGUUGCCGAUGUUACUAAUGAUGACGAUCAUCUGUGA